CCUGCACGCUCAUCUGGGACACCACAGCGACCACCACUUUCAUCAUCGGGUCUUCUGAAGAGGGAGAGCAACCCAGAGCCACCAGAAAAGCCCAGGGCAUCAAACUUACGAGCAGCGGGUCAAUGGAAAACUACACCUACAACAGCCUGACCCUACAGAUGGAAGGCUUAAAGGUCUCAAAGGAUUCUGUGUACACUGUUUGUUUCUUGUUCUUAACUUCCUACAUUUUUAUUAUCAUUAUGAAUAUUGGUAUUUCACUUCUAAUUGUGCUUGACAAGAAUCUUAAGCAGCCCAUGUAUCUGCUGUUUUGUAACCUCUCAGUCAGUGACAUAAUUGGAAGCACUCAAAUUGUGCCUCGUUUGAUUGCAGAUCUUUUGAGGCCUCCCUCUGAGCGUCUCAUCAGUUAUUAUGAGUGUGUUGUUCAGGCUUUUACUACACAGUUGUUUGGUACAACUUCCCACACUGUGCUCAUGGUUAUGGCCUUUGACAGAUAUGUGGCCAUCUGUAAUCCUCUGCGCUAUACUGCCAUAAUGAGCAACAAAAUGGUGAUCAAGCUGACAGUUCUGGCCUGGGGAGUGGCCUUUGUUUUGGUUGGUAUUCUGAUCAGUCUGACCGUACGGCUGAGCACAUGUAGGACUAUAAUCAAUAAUCCUUUCUGUGACAACGCCUCAUUGUUUAAGCUCUCCUGUGAGAAUGUGAUCAUUAAUAAUAUCUAUGGGCUCACCUUCACUGUGGUCCUGCUCACCUCCUCUAUAGGAACAGUUGUUCUCACGUAUAGUAAAAUUACAGUUGUUUGUCUCAUCAGUAAGAACAAAUCUUUGAACAGUAAAGCCUUAAAGACCUGCAGCACUCAUCUGGUUGUUUAUCUGAUUAUGUUGUUUAGUGGAAUGAUUGUCAUUAUGUUGCAUCGCUUCCCCGAUUACACUGACUACAGAAAUCUCUCUGCUAUUUUGUUUGUCAUUGUCCCUGGCAGCCUCAACCCUGUUAUUUAUGGUGUGCAAUCCAAAGAGAUACGAACAUUCUUAUAUGAAAAAUUCCAUUCUAAAAAGUCUGUACCAAGUCCACAC